CAGUUAAAAGUCGGUAGAAUGGGCAGGGUAAGUGCAUUCACUCUCAUCCUCUCUAGCUGUUGAGACGUCUUCAAGAUGGCCUUCAAUGGAACCUACGAGCUUCAGUCCCAGGAAAACUUUGAGCCUUUCAUGAAAGCCAUCGGUCUUCCCGAUGACUUGAUAGAAAAGGGCAAAAAUAUCAAGAGUGUGUCGGAGAUUGUGCAGAACGGCAACCACUUUGUCGUCACCGUCACCACAGGCCCCAAGGUUACGCGCAAUGAGUUUACCCUGGGCGAGGAGGCCGAGUUCGAAGCGUUAACGGGAGAGAAGGUCAAGUCCGUUGUUAACCUGGAAGGGGACAACAAGCUGGUCGUGAAACUUAAGGGAGUCCUCUCUGUCACCGAACUUUCUGGAGAUGUUCUCACCAAUGUGCUGACAGUGCAAGACAUCGUGUAUAAGAGAAUCAGCAAGCGGGUGUGAGAGAAGAUGACAAUGUCUUUACUUUUACUAUGUAAAAACUGCAAUAAAGUUUUAUUUUAGAAAAAA